AUGCCUGCACUCGAAGUUGUUAGUACUGAUAAUGGCAUCCCACCAUUUGGUCCCUACCAGUCCCACGCUAUGAAAUCCAACGGAUUCAUGUUUCUCUCGGGUCAAAUACCGGCCAAACUUGUCGACAGGAAGGUCCAAAUCGUGAAGUCUUCAGCUACCGAACAGGCCCACGCUAUGCUCAAGAAUGCGCAAGUGGUGUUGGAGGCGGCAGGGCCUAGUCUGGGAAGGGUUGUGAGGGCAACGCUUUAUCUUGUUGAUAUGAAGGACUUGAAUGAUGUCAAUCAGGUCUACGCGGAGUAUCUCCCCCAGCGUCCGGCUAGAAGCUGUUUUGAAGCUCCCAGAUUACCGGCCGGGAUUGGCAUGGAGAUUGAUUUGAUUGCUGUGGAGUACCCAGUCGAAAUCGAGGAUAUUGUACCCGAUUCAACCUUGUCCAUAGACACCCUAUACGCCACGGAAGAAGGUUUGAAACAGAAAUCGCCAUGCGACGGUGACGACUGGAAUCUCCUCCACUAUCUAGGCGGCAACGGCCCUUGGAUCGAGAAGAUCGAUGGGGAACAUGUAUCCGAAGGGAUUGGUCCUCCUGAACGCUGUUCAAUUGAGCAAGUGCACAUGAUGUCUCGUCACGGAGAGAGAUAUCCAACUAAAUCCGCAGGAAGUCGCCAUCUUGCGCUUUUAUCCCGUAUCAGAGAGUCAAACGUACCUCUGAACGGCUCACUGUCUUUGCUCAACAAUUGGUCUUAUUUCACCAGUGAGCCUGAGAAGGACUUCGAUCAAUUGACCGCAACUGGGCCAUAUGCUGGUAAACUGCAGGCUUUUACCACAGGAGUCCGCUUCGUGACUCGGUAUGGACAUCUCUUGCAGAAGCACACCAAAACCCGCCUAUGGGCAAGCGAAUGCCAGCGCGUCAUAGAGACGGCCCAACACUUCGCAUCAGGCAUGUUUGGCCUCGACUGGGAAAAGAGCGGAAAGGCCGAGCUCGAGAUUAUCCCGGAAACGUUUGAUCAGCGCGCAAAUACACUUACACCGGGCGAUACAUGCUUGAAGUAUCUGGAAGAUCCUGAAAAGGGACAUGAUAAUGGCAUGAACAUGCGGACUCGUUUCCAAGAAGUGUAUGCCCCGGUUAUCGCGAAACGACUUAUCUCGGAACAAGGUAAUCUUGCCUUGGGAUCUUUUUCUGAUGAGGAGAUCUUCAGCAUGCAAGAGAUGUGCGGCUACGAGACCAUCGCCCGAGGGUCGAGUCCUUGGUGCGAUGUCUUCACCAAGGAAGAAUGGGAAAGUUUUGAAUAUGCUCGCGAUAUCAUCCACUACUAUCGAGCCGGUCCUGGAAACCCAUAUGCCGGUGCGAUGGGAUGGCUCUGGUUGAAUGCCACGACGGCACUCUUACAAUCUGGCCCUGGGGUUGGAGCCAUGUUCUUUAGUUUCGUUCAUGACGGCGAUAUAGCCCCUUUUCUAACUGCUUUGGAUAUCAUGAAAGAUCCUCAAUACGAUCCAUCGCUUCCCAUCACACAUAUAGCACAAGAUCGCAAAUGGCGCACCUCGUCUGUGAUGCCGAUGGGUGCUCGUAUCGUUUUGGAACGAAUGACAUGCCCUUCAACUUCAGCUCAGGGCGAUAAAUCUGAGCAGGAAAACUUUGUACGCAUCAAUAUCAACGACAGAAUUGUGCCGCUACCGUACUGCAGAUCUGGGCCUGGUCAUUCGUGCCCGUUGAAGGAAUUUGCUCGGCAUGUCGAGCGACGGAGGGCAGAGGUGGGAGAUUUCAAGGAGACUGUUUAUGGCCGCCAAAAGUUUUGGAACGCAGUGAACCCGAUCAGCGCUUUUCCUGACCAACCAGCCCAAUUCUCUGUACCAUUUAGCGAUCGUUUUCUGCUGUCCCUUUCAACACUUCCCAUCUCGCUGUUCUCCUUUCUCGAAAAAUUCAAGACUCCUAGCCUACCUUUUCCUAGCAUGGAGUACCACUUCGUGCCCCCCGAGGAGCGCGCAAAAGACGACAAGGGAAAUCUUCUACCAUGGGGAUAUGUCUAUAAAGACGAAGCCCGCAACCCACGACGACCGCCCGAGGAAUCCGGACCCUUUGGACGACGACGAAAUGCUCGCUACGAACAUGCCCGCUCUCGAACACGCACCGGCACGCCCGCGAAGCGCGAGAACCCGAACGUCGCGGAGUUCGGACGGCUGUUUGCCCAGCAGCAGGAAGACGAGAAGAGCCGCACCAACACGCUGCCCAAGUCGUCGUCCUCCUCGAACCUGGACAACCAGCGCAAGCAGACCGAGAAGGUAGCGACCGAGUGCAUCCUCUACGGCUACAAAAGCAAGGACUCGGAGUGGAAGGUUAUCGAUAAGUUCGAGCGCAUCUCCGGCGGCUUCAUCUGUGAGGAUUACCCGCGUACGGACCCCAACUCGUCGGCUGCGUACGCGCAGCUGCUGAGCGGUGGGGACGUGGUGAUCCGCACGAACCUGUCGGCGGAUGCGAACCGGAAGUCGAAGCGCUAUGCGGGCGGAUAUCACUGGAUCAAGGUGACGUUUGACUCCUCGUUGGCGGCCGAUCGGGCUUGCUUUUACUCGCCGCAGGAGAUCGACGGACAUCAUGUUAUCUGUGAGAUGUAUCACGGCCAGGGUCCCGCGGAGGAUGCUCCGAUUCCUGCUACGGGAAAGACGGAUGCUGCGUCGGCGUUGUUCAAGACGAACCCGGCCCGGACGUUGACGACCUCGCAUUCCACUACGUUUUUGCAGACGCAGAAGGGGAAAGAGCGCGCUGCCUCGACGCUCCCCCGGUCCUUUGCUAUGAACAAUCUAUCCACCGUGCCGGACGUCGAGGAGGAUGCUUCGUUCGCGUCCACUAACACCGCCAGCUCGGCGACCGCCACGGGCGUCGACACGAUCAACAACCAGAACGCAUCGUCGUCCCCGGUUCACCAGCGUAACGUCCCCAAGGACGUCCCCGUUCAGCCUCCCCAGGAGAAACCAGAGUCUGAGUUCAUGACGCACAUUCCCACCGUGCGGAGGGCGCAGCUACGGCCUCUCGCCGAGGCCCUGCCGCCUCAGCCAACGGUGACGGAGCGAGUGUUGCGCUCGAUUCCCAUCCUCAGCUGGUUCACGGGCGAUAUCGUCGGCGACGGACCGCAACUGAAAGAGGAUGGCACGUUCGAUUACGAAAAGUCGAACUCCUACUGGCGGUUCUGGAACAUGCUUGAUCGAUUCCUGGGGACGGAUAUCUGUGGACUGAAGGAGGAAUCUUGA